GAUUACAGGUGUGGUAAUUCAGGCCUGAUCCUUAAUACCAGCACCUGGUAUGCUCAAGCACGAGAAUCAGAAACUAACGGUCAUCCUUGACUCAAAGCAACAACAAACCACCUGGGCCAGGGAGACCAGAGUUCAGAUCCCUAGAAUCAGGACAGAAUACGGAACCAAGAGUGCUGAAUGAAGCCAUGACAGGCUGAGCCAGGAGCUGAACAAAGGCAGUCUCUGCCGAUGUGGAUGCUGAGGCCCAGAGAAAGGGGGCAGCUCGCCUAGGGACGCAGAGCAGGAGAGGUGGAGCAGAGUCUUUAGGCCAAGACCCCGGAUACUACAGCUGGUGUCUGUCUGUGCCAAGCCCCCAGACUGCUCCCCAGAUCCACUGGGGUAGCCCUGCUACCUAUCAGCCAGGACCAUGGGCAGCAACAAGAGCAAGCCCAAGGACGCCAGCCAGCGGCGCCGCAGCCUGGAGCCCGCGGAGAACGUGCACGGGGCAGGGGGCGCCUUCCCGGCUUCGCAGACACCGAGCAAGCCCGCCUCCGCCGACGGCCACCGCGGGCCCAGCGCCGCCUUCGUGUCCCCCGCGGCCGCCGAGCCCAAGCUCUUCGGAGGCUUCAACUCCUCGGACACUGUCACCUCCCCACAGAGGGCGGGGCCUCUGGCAGGUGGGGUGACCACCUUUGUGGCCCUCUAUGACUAUGAGUCACGGACAGAGACUGACCUGUCCUUCAAGAAAGGGGAGCGGCUGCAGAUUGUCAAUAACACAGAGGGAGACUGGUGGCUGGCACACUCGCUGAGCACCGGACAGACCGGUUACAUCCCCAGCAACUAUGUGGCGCCCUCCGAUUCCAUCCAGGCUGAAGAGUGGUACUUUGGCAAGAUCACUAGAAGAGAAUCAGAGCGGCUACUGCUCAACGCCGAGAACCCCAGAGGGACCUUCCUCGUGAGGGAGAGUGAGACCACAAAAGGUGCCUACUGCCUCUCCGUAUCCGACUUCGACAAUGCCAAGGGCCUAAACGUGAAACACUACAAGAUCCGAAAACUGGACAGCGGCGGGUUCUACAUCACCUCCCGCACCCAGUUCAACAGCCUGCAGCAGCUCGUGGCUUACUACUCCAAACAUGCUGAUGGCCUGUGUCACCGCCUCACUACCGUGUGUCCCACAUCCAAGCCUCAGACCCAGGGCCUGGCCAAGGAUGCGUGGGAGAUCCCCCGGGAGUCCCUGCGGCUGGAGGUCAAGCUGGGCCAGGGUUGCUUUGGAGAGGUGUGGAUGGGGACUUGGAACGGCACCACGAGGGUUGCCAUCAAAACCCUGAAGCCAGGCACCAUGUCUCCAGAGGCCUUCCUCCAGGAGGCCCAAGUCAUGAAGAAACUGAGGCAUGAGAAGCUGGUGCAGUUGUAUGCCGUGGUGUCUGAAGAACCCAUUUACAUUGUGACAGAGUACAUGAACAAGGGGAGUCUGCUGGACUUUCUCAAGGGGGAAACGGGCAAAUACUUGCGGCUACCCCAGCUGGUGGACAUGUCGGCUCAGAUCGCUUCAGGCAUGGCCUAUGUGGAGCGAAUGAACUAUGUGCACCGGGACCUCCGAGCGGCCAAUAUCCUAGUCGGGGAGAACCUGGUGUGCAAAGUGGCCGACUUUGGGCUGGCCCGGCUCAUAGAAGACAACGAAUACACAGCCCGGCAAGGUGCCAAAUUCCCCAUCAAGUGGACCGCCCCCGAAGCUGCUCUGUAUGGCAGGUUCACCAUCAAGUCGGAUGUGUGGUCCUUUGGGAUCCUACUGACCGAGCUCACCACUAAGGGAAGAGUACCCUAUCCUGGGAUGGUGAACCGCGAGGUGCUGGAUCAGGUUGAGCGGGGCUACCGGAUGCCUUGUCCCCCCGAGUGCCCUGAGUCCCUGCAUGAGCUCAUGUGCCAGUGCUGGCGGAAGGAGCCCGAGGAGCGGCCCACCUUCGAGUACUUGCAGGCCUUCCUGGAGGACUACUUUACGUCCACUGAGCCACAGUACCAGCCUGGGGAGAACCUAUAGGGACUGUGUGCACAGAACUGUCACCUCUAGGAUUCUGGGUAUCGCCUCUGAUGCACCUGCCUUCCUUCAUCCUCUCUCUGAGGCUGAGUUGCCUCAGCAGUGCCCCUUCUGGAGCAUGGAAGGGCUUCAGGGACAGGGGCAGCCUGGAAGGACAGGUUGAGGCUGGUACAGUGACUGUCCCACACCUGCCAUGGCACAGGCUGUCUCUGUGCAUUCUCUCUGGAGUUAGCCUGCUUCUCGCAGGACACACUGGGUGAUGAGCAGAGCUAAGGGAUAGCUUCCAGCCUCAACCCACUCUACUCACCUGACUCCUCCCCACUUUUUUCACCCUGGGUCUGUUUCAAGCUGGCCAGAGAGCCUUUCCAAAGAGGAAUGAGGCCCAGCCCUUGGCCUAUAUGUACUUCCUGCCCCUGGCCAUCCUUGUUGGAGGCUUCUGGGUGGAACAUUGGGUCUAGAACCCUCUUCCGUGGCUCUCAGGCUAGACAGCCCAAGGCCCAACACCAGUUGGGAUAUGUGUCAGAGUGAGCACUUCCUCAGCCCCGUCCUCCACAAGGGACCCUUGAGAUCACCAACACAUUGCCCUCAUUUCUCUGUUGCAAAGACUGAAUCCAGGAGGGGCUGUGACCUGCCCAAGACCACGGGCAGUUUAGGGUUGAGGUGGGCUCGGCACCUGGUGCUCCCUCUGUCUUCCUCAGGAACUAAUGAGAACUGUCCUCCAAGGCAGUGGGCAGGCUGCGGCCUGAGAGUGGCUUCACGUCGGCUCUGCUCCACUGAUGCUCGUGGCUCUGUCGUGGGGGAAGAGGCAAGCGGGAGGCGAGCCAGGAGCAAGGGGUGGAAAGUCACGGUGUGGAACAGGCUUCCCUCACAGUGCGGGUGGGCCUUGACCUUAAGAGCCAGCCAUGAAGUGGAGUGAGCGCUCAGGCUGCAGUGACAGUCAGGUAGAAGAGGAGGAGCUAAGAAGUGGGGAGCCCUGCUCCUCUGUCCCGAUCAUUUCAACACCCAGCCCCUGCUCGCCUGUCCAUGCCAGGACUCCCUGACUCACAGGGAGGGGGUGGAGUUCCUUGGCCGGGAAAGGAGGGCAGGGAUCCUUACUGCUGUGUACCAACACUGACCCCGCCCUCUCUAAGCGACUCUCUGCCCCUGUGACUCUGGCCUCUGCCAUUGCUCAGCCCCUGUAUAGGUAGAUCCACAGCUGGGCAUCCAAGGGGAGCACGGCCCUGGAACAGCAGCCAACUGACUGCUUGGUCCCUGGCUUCCACCCAGCUUUAGGAUAUGUGGUAGCUUCUCUCUGCCUCAGUGUCCCUGUCUGUAAGGUGGGCAGUAGAUGAUUUGUGGCAUCUCAACCAAGGGCCCUGUGUGUGUGUGUGUGUGUACACAUGUGUCUGUGUGUCUUCCCUUGUGUCCAUAUUUAACGUGUAAAAACAUCCCUACUCUGUCCCCAGAUGUGACCAUUUCACCCAUUGUCCCAUCACAGCAAUAAUGUCCCCGCCGCUGGGGAUCCGAGCCAGCCAGGCCCUGCUCGCAGGGAAGGAUGCCAAGCAGGGCCUGCCCUGACAUUUCCACUUUCCUCCAUAGUCUCUUGCCCAAGUCCCCCCACGCACCCAGCGAGCUUGAGCUUGCUGCCUGAUUCUCCCUGCCUGACUCCAGCUGCCCAAGGACCUUUGUGUAAGGUGGCCUCAACUGUCCAGUUUUCUUUUUUUUUUCUUUCUUUUUAACAGUGUUUUGUAGAUUUCAGAUGACUAUGCAGAGGCCUUGGGGACCCCCAGCUCUGGGUAGGGCCUGGGGAUCCCACAUUCCAUGGCCCAGGCUUGGGGGAGGGGGAUCCAGACUGGUUGUAUAUACUUUGCAUACUGUCUGAUUAAACACAAACAGACCUCA